AUGGUCUUCUCUUCUCCCUCCUGGGUGCCACGGAUCCCCUGCGAAAUCCCAGACUCUAUUCCUGUAGGCCAGUUUGCGUUGGAAGGAAACACCAGUCUUCCCCCGCAAUGCGGCGGACGGCCUCCGUUUGUCUGCGCAAUUACCGGAAAGUCAUACUCGACUAAGGUACUGGUUGAUCGAGUAGAGUUCUUGUCGCGGUCACUUGCGCAAGAGCUGGGAUGGUCGCCGAACGAGGGGGAGCCGGAGGAUAAAGUUGUCGGUAUCUACAGCUGGAAUACGCUUGACUUUUUUGCUCUCUGCUGGGCCGUCCAUCGUCUCAAUGGGAUCUGUCUCCCGCUCCAUCCGUUUAGUAUCGUCCCCGAGGUCGUAGCGCACAUGAAAAGAGCAAAAUGUAGAGUCAUAUUCACCUGUCAGUCUCUUGUUGCAAACACUUUGGAAGCUGCCAGGGAGCUGUCUAUUCCCGGAGACAAGAUCUAUACCACGGCAUUACCCGAAGCGUAUCUUCAGAAUCCCGAGCCGAUUGACCAGUUCAAGUCGGUAGAUCAACUGAUUGCUGAGGGUGAGAAGUUGCAGCGACUUCCACCAUUACAGUGGGAGAAAGGCCGCGCAAAAAUACAGGUCGCAUACUACUGCGCUACCAGUGGAACAUCAGGGAAGCAGAAACUGGCCAAAAUCACACACUACAACUUCAUUGCCAAUGUCAUGCAAGUGUGCAUGCACGAGAGCUAUGCUAAGAAUGGCCGUAACGAGAUCGCAUUCGGCGCGAUUCCGUUGACCCAUGGAUAUGGACUGAACAUUGGGCACAUCAUGGUCUACCGCGGAGACACCUACGUUAUCUGCCCCCGGUUCGAUAUGCAGUUGAUGCUCAAGACAAUUGAGCGUUUCCGCGUCGAAAGACUAUACGUGGUUCCCCCAAUCCUUGCGGCAUUAGCAGCGAACCCCUUCCUUCUUGACCUCCACGACCUCUCAUCCGUCCAAGCGACCGUCACUGGUGCUGCAGCACUCGAUCGUAGUAUCGCCGCGAAACUGAAUAAACUGCGACCCACGUGGAAAAUCAACCAUGCAUACGGCCUCACCGAAACCGGUGUGGUAGCAACUCUCACAAGCCCACACGAUGUCUGGCACGGCUCCUCUGGUUCCCUCCUUCCAAGUUUCGAGAUCCGACUCGUCAAGCCCGACGGUACAGACGCAGAGGGCCUCGACGAGCCCGGCGAAGUCCACUUCAACUCCCCCAGUUGUUUCCUCGGGUACGUCGGCGACGACGAGUCCAACAAGAACACCUUCGACGAAAAGGGGUGGCUUAAGUCCGGAGACAUCGGUGUUUUUCGCAAAUCGCCUAACGGACACGCUCACCUGUUCAUUCUCGAACGCAUCAAGGAUAUGAUCAAAGUCAAGGGCGAACAAGUCCUCCCACGGGACAUCGAGUCCGUCCUUCUUUCGCACCCAGCCGUAAUCGAUGCAGCUGUUAUCGGCGUUCCGGACGAGCUCUCUGGCGAGCGUGCGAAAGCGUACAUCGUGCGCUCGAAGACCGUGAUGGAAGAUCUGGACGAGGAUGAUCUGGCUGACGAGAUUGACGAAUUUGUGCAGGGAAAGCUGCAUGAAUCGCACUGGCUUCACGAUCGAAUUGUGUUCCUGGAGAAGUUGCCAAAGAGUGAGAGUGGGAAAGUGUUGAAGAAGGAUUUGAAGGCCAUGAACUAA